UAGAAAACAAUUAAAACAAAAAUGGCGUUUGCUUCAAAGAUCAUCACAUGCCUCCUCGUCCUUAAGGUCUACAUGGCAGCUCCAACAGAGUCACACAUAACGUGUGGGAUAGUGACAUCCACAUUGGCUCAGUGCAUGGGCUACUUGACCAACUUUUUUCCAGUGCCAUCAGACUACUGCUGCGCGGAAGUCAAAGCAUUGAAUCAAAUGGCUCAGACCACUCCGGACCGCCGACAAGUAUGUAAGUGCCUUAAAGCAGUGGCUAAGGAAAACAAAGGAUUCAUUAACAUCGAGCUUGUGGGCACACUCCCUACCAUUUGUGGUGUUUCAGUUCCCUACCCAUUUAAUUUCAGCACCAAUUGUGACACUAUAUCGACUGCCGUGUGAAGGAGGGUAGCUAGAGAUGUACGACUAAUCAAAGUUGCCAGCUUUAUAACCUAGCAUCAUAAUUAUUCUGCUUUCCAUUUUAUGACCUCAUUGUCUUAUUAUUAGUAGUUGUCCACUUCAUAUGGUAAUAACGACAAAGGAACUCCCUCUCUCUUUACUGUCA